ACUCCGACCCCAGAAAUGCUUUUGACGCUAUAGCUACGUUGCGCAUUCACUCACUUAUCCAGCCCCCCCCCCACUUGCGCGCCCUUUUCACUGAACCACCGCGCCUCCCCGUCAGCCCUCCUUCACCAGGGCCUGAGCGCCCCUAGAAAACAGCCGAGCUCCUCGUUCCGGCCAGCUAUCUUCGCCGCUUCAACAGCGUUCAACCCCCGACCCAAAUAACGCAUGUUAACUGCCGCGGACCAAAUACUACCGCGGACCACUGAAGCAGAGAAGCUCGUCCAUGGCGUGGCAGUCGCCCUCGGCCAUGAAUGCGGGCGGUGCUGGCGGAGGAGGAGAUGGGGGCGCUCCGACAGGGACUGAGUACACGCUACAGGGGGUAAUGCGCUUCCUCCAGCUGGAAUGGCAUAAUCAUGAGCGCGCGAGAAACGCCUGGGACAUCGAGCGCGCAGAGAUGAAGGCGAAGAUCGCGAAGCAGGAAGGCGAGGUUCGGAGCGCAAAGAAACUGAACGACCAGCUUAAUAAGCAUAUUCGCAUGCUAGAGCAGGCACUGAUGAACGAGCGUAGCAAAAGCAAGGCUGCUGCGGCCGGAGGAGAAGGCCUGGAAGAAAAGAAGGACUCGAAGGGCAAGGCGGGCGCGCGGUCAGACCAAAAGAGUGGUACGAAGCCUAUGAAGCCCCAAAAUAAGCACCACAAUUCCUUCCUCGACGUCGACUCGGACCUUUUGGAGCGAUCUGAGGCAGACCGAGACAACCAACAUGAGAAAGCAAAGCUGUAUCUCACAAAAUGCGUAGAGGAGAUUACUUACCUCCUCACUCCCCCGCCACAGCCUCCGCCUCCGCAAGGCGGAAUGCAAGGUCUCAAUGGCUCUCAAUUCCUUGGACAUGGAGACGCCCCGAUCGAGGAAAUGUACCUUCAGCAUCGUCAAAAGCUACAAUCCCAUCUACCUACAGUCCCAAAUACGUCCGUGCCAAAUCACCAGCCUCCGAAUAUCCCUACAACCUCCGACAUUCAUAACCUUCAGCAUCAGUCCCAGCCGCCUCACCAGGCCCCUUCGAUGACUCGAGAACCUUCAGGCCAACAAUCUUUUCAAUCUCAUUCUGGGAUACCAACAGAUUUCCUGAAUCAGCAACCCCAGCAUCAAUCUCAGCAGAAUUUCAGCUCUGUUCCGGAGGAGCAGGUUGAGAAAGUCACACAUAUAUACGAUAAUCAUGGUCGCCAGAUUCCAAAUCGAGAGGAGAGUGGCAUGACUUCCAGUCAGAUUACGGCACCGGAAGACCCUGAAAGCUGGAAUUUCGAGGAACCGAUCACGGAGGGAUCCCAAGAUAUCCAGCCCCCGAGGAGACCAGAUACGGAUAUAUUCCCAAGCGCGAACAGCAUUCCUGCGAAAUCGCCUCCCCGUGGCCCUCAGUCUCAUCGAAGAAAAAGCUCGGGGACUCAUUCUAGGCGAAGGAGUGAUGGCCAUGAAGCUCGAGAAGUAUUUGGCCAACAUAUACGGCCAACUGACCCGCCAAACUUCAAAGUUCGAUUCGCUCUUCGUGGACAUCUGGACGUAGUUCGCUCUGUUAUCUUCACGGGAGGCGGUAGUCCUUCAGAACCGGAAAUUUGUACAGCUGGUGAUGAUGGCAUGAUUAAGAGAUGGAUUAUACCAGCAAGUUAUGCGAGCCAGCACAGCAUGAAUAAUGAUUUGGACAUUUCGCCCUAUUGGUCGCACCGCGGCCAUGAAGGUGCCGUUACUUCCCUCGCGGCAUGUCCUUCAUCUACGACCUUCUCCACUGGCGGCCGAGUGUCUGGUGACGGCUGGAUAUUCUCGGGUGGACAGGAUGCGACUAUACGUGUAUGGGAGAGAGGCCGUGUAGAUCCCAAAGCUACUCUUGACGGACAUACGGAUGCGGUGUGGACAGUCUGUGUUCUCCCUGCGACUUGCGCCUCAGUGUUCGGCGCAGACUGCGGCAACUACGGUGGCCCCGAUCGAGUACUUCUUGCGUCGGGCUCUGCGGACGGCACCAUAAAGAUUUGGGCUGUAAGUGCGCCUCCACAAAUAGCUUCACCUCAGGGAGGUUCACGGCGGGGUGUGGGAGGGAGUCGGCGGCAUUCUGUAACAUCUGGAUCGAACUACCCAUCGUCUCCCCAGCCAAGUGUUGCUACCUCAACUCCAUUCCAUUAUAUGCUCGUCCACACCAUCGAGCGAGCCACACAUCCAUCGCCAACGUGUAUCAGCCCGCUCUCCAUGAAUGGGGAGAACUUUGUUGCCUCCUUUGCCGAUGCUUCUAUUCUCAUUUUUGACACUCGAAGCGGCGAAGAGAUCAUCGGCAUGGCAAGUAAUGAGACAUACGACGGCACACCUGCCACUGGCGUAACUUCUGUAGUCGCAACCGCCGUCGGCCCCGAGGGAACAAUGUCAAUUGAUUCUGGUAGAGGUAUGUCAGAUGAAGAAGGUGUUGUUCAUGGUCCCACAGGCUCUAGUAGCGCUGGUGGAGUGGAAGGAGUAGUAAUAUCCGGCCACGAAGACCAGUUCAUCAGGUUCUAUGACGCAAAUUCUGGACAAUGCACAUAUAGCAUGCGAGCACAUCCCUCCGCCAUCUCAUCCCUAUCCCUCAGCAAAGACGGCCGCGAGGCUGUCUCCGCCGGUCAUGAUGCCUCGAUCCGCUUCUGGUCGUUGGAGAAGCGAAUUUGCACACAAGAGAUCACAUCUCAUCGCAUCAUGCGCGGGGAGGGUGUCUGUAGUGUGGUUUGGAGUCAAGAUGGCAGACUGGUGGUUUCGGCUGGUGGUGAUGGCGAGGUAAAGGUCUUUGCGAGAUAGCCUUCACUUUGCUUGACCCCAUCUGCCCAUCUAUCUUGAAAAGUGUAAUCAUCGAUACUGCAUACCCCAUCCAGCGCGCAUAGGACCAACUCUUGAUUUUCUCCCUAAAGUAUUUACUCUUCUUGUAUGACCCCCUUUCCUGUCAUUCAUAUCUUAGCAUCGGUGGAUGCAUUGAUUGCUGGCAGUCUGUCCUCGGACUGGAUUGUUUUUGACGAAUGCGAAUGCGUGUAUGUGGACACGCUUCCUAAUGCAUGGUUUUGGGGCGUCGUCAGAAGUAGGCAUGCUGUCUUGCUUUUUGUCAACUUUUACUACCCAGGCCUAAAUUACCUACCCUCUACUUAGCUGUACUAUAAAUCGAAUGGAAUGGAAUGGUUGAU